GCUGCUAGCUAACGUGUUGUGAAAUAGCAACAUUAAACACUAUUACGACGACAACCCAAACAGUCGUUUUAUUAAAAGACAGAGCCUUUGCGUUUUCACUGAUAAACGUCUUAAGAAGGGUAAAGUGUCAAAGAGAGGUGUCUGGGCAAUUGAUACUACAACUACAGUACCCACAAUUCAGCGGCACAGAGCAGUUCAAACGUCAGGUCACAACAAGGAAGUGGAUUCUCAUAGUACCUGAAUUUCUUGCUCUAAUCUACUUAGAAAGAAGACAGCAGGGCUAGUAAACUUAGAUUAGCCUGUUCGUACCGUUUCGCGUAGGUAAACGCCCUUUGUACUGGACUCCCUGAAGAUUCAUCUGGUCAACUCCACCAAGUUAGGAAGCAAGCUAAAACAGAUACCAUAACAGGUGGGUGAGCUGUAUGGUAGGACAGUGCUGUAUUGUAGAUGCCAUAAACCCUGCUCCUCCAUUCAUUCAAGAGAGAGAGACAGCGUGACGCCUGCUUGUAUGUUUGGAUUUGAAAGACGCAGAUGGAGAAAAGAUUCUGGGUGGCUCUGACAACACCCCUUAUUGCUCAAAAUGAGAACAAUCACCUUCUUUCUGGUCGGGCUGGCGGUCCACGUGGUCUUCUUCAUCUCCAUCUUUGACAUCUACUUCACCUCUCCCCUGGUCCAUGGCAUGACACCCCAGAUGGUUCCGCUGCCCCCACCAGCCUCCAGACUGGUGUUAGUGGUGGCCGACGGGCUCAGGGCAGACAGCCUCUACACCCUCAAUCCCAAUGGCUCAUCCAGGGCCCCCUACCUGAGGAGUGUGAUGGAGGAGAGAGGUACCUGGGGUGUAUCACACACACAUGUGCCCACUGAGUCGCGGCCUGGCCAUGUUGCUCUCAUCGCUGGCUUCUAUGAGGACGUUAGUGCUGUUGCAAAAGGCUGGAAGGAGAACCCUGUGGAGUUUGACUCAGUGUUCAAUGAGAGCAGACACACCUGGUGCUGGGGCAGCCCUGAUAUUCUGCCCAUGUUUGCCAAAGGUGCCAGUGGGGACCAUGUGUACACCCACACUUACCCAGCAGAGGAGGAGGACUUCGCCUCCACAGACGCCUCCAGGCUGGACAGCUGGGUGUUCGCUCAAGUCAAACUGUUUUUCCAGUCAGCAAAGUCUAACUCCAGUCUUAAGGCCAGUCUCAAUGAGGGUCAGAAUGUCUUCUUCCUCCAUCUGCUGGGCAUAGACACUAAUGGACAUGCUCACAGACCCAUGUCACAGGAGUACUUGGAUAAUAUUGCUCUAGUAGACUCUGGUGUAGCCGAGCUGGUGUCAGUGGUAGAGGAAUUCUUUGGUUAUGAUGGCAGAACAGCCUAUGUGUUCACCUCCGAUCACGGCAUGACCAACUGGGGGUCCCAUGGUGCAGGCCAUCCCUCUGAGACGCUCACCCCUUUAGUGGUGUGGGGAGCUGGGGUUCAUCAUGCACAGAGAGUCACUGACCCUCAGUCGUACAGCGAUGGAUAUCUACAAGACUGGAAAUUGGAGCACUUCCGCAGGGUUGACGUUAAUCAAGCUGACAUUGCCCCGCUCAUGGCGUCCCUCAUCGGAGUUCCCAUCCCUGUCAACUCUGUUGGUGUGUUACCUCUCCUGUACCUCAACAACAGUGACCAGUUCAAGGCAGAGAGCAUCUAUACUAAUGCUAUUCAGAUACUGGAACAGUUUAAGGUGAAAAUGACCCAGAAAAAGGAGACCACUUUAUCCUUUUUCUUCACUCCAUUCCAACUACUGACCGAGUCAAAGCAAGCAGAAUUCAUCCACCAGGCCAGAAUACUGAUUCAGCUAGAGAAGUAUGAGGAUGUUAUCUCUCUGUGCAGAUCUGUGAUAUCUCACGCCCUGGAGGGGCUGGUCUACUACCACACCUAUGACAGGUUCUUCCUGGGCUGCAGUGUGGUGCUGGGAUUUGUCGGCUGGACCUCAUAUGUCAUCCUGCUGAUACUGAAAACCCACGCCGGUCUCAGGAGGCCGCCCAGUCACACUGCCCAGAUUCUCAGCCAAACCCUGGUGAAGCUGUGUGUGUGUGUGACAGUGGUGAUCACAGUGUUCCUGUUCAUCCAAAGUAGUCCUGUAACCUACUACAUAUACUGUCUUCUGCCUGUUCCUGUAUGGUACUCUGUGCUCAAAGAGUCUGGGACUCUAACAGAUUUGGUUCAUUCAGCUCCCUCUCUGCCACUGUGUAAAUGUUUUGGCUAUUUUGUGCUGGUGACAUUUGGGAUUGAGCUGCUUGUGGUGAGCUUCUUCCAUCGCGCCAUGCUGACUGUUGGCCUGGCUGUUGUCUCUGUCUGGCCCAUCCUGUCUGGCCUGUAUGGCAAGGCAAAGUUCCGUUCAGUCAGCUGGUUGCUGGGCUGUCUGUGUUUGGCUGCUUUCCCCCUGAUGCCUGUUGUUGGUAGAGAACCCAACAUACACCUGGUUACCUGUGCAGGUGCACUCACACUCUUCACCUCAGUCUGCUACCUCUUGUCGUCACGACAACGGACACCACUGCACCUUAGUGACAAACAGCAGUUCUUUGCCCAGAUGCUCCAUGUGGCAGUGUGUGCGUACGUGCCAAACCUCACACACUCCAGUCUGCAGCAAAAACAAGGCCUACCCCUCUUCAGCCAGAUCAUCAGCUGGACCACAUUAGGAUCUUCCAUGCUGGUUCCCUUGUUCAGCUCUACUCGUCUUUUCCACCGCCUGCUCAGUAUAUUCCUCUCUCUCACAGCUACAUACCUGCUGCUCAGCACUGGGUCUGAGGCCCUGUUCCCCCCUGUACUGUCCUGGUUGAUGUAUGUAUGGAUCAACAUUGAACAAGAAGCCAUGCUCGCUCAGGGUGUGUCUGGCAGGCAAGAGCUUUCCACUAUUGACUUCUCAGAGAACAUUGACAUCACCAAGCUCCGACAACUGAAGUUGGAUGACAUCAGAAGAUCUUAUUUUUUUGUAUUUUUUGUAAUCACAGCUUUCUUUGGCACAGGGAACAUAGCCUCCAUUAACAGUUUUGACCCAGCGUCUGUCUACUGCUUCCUCACUGUCUUCAACCCUUUCAUCAUGGGAGGGCUGAUGAUGUGGAAGGUUAUCAUACCGUUUAUAAUAGUAAUGUGUACAUUUGAGACCAUCCAAGUUGCGACACAGCUCUCAUCUAGAAGUUUAUUCCUCAUUGUCCUGGUCAUCUCAGACUUGAUGGCUCUGCACUUUUUCUUCCUGGUCCAGGACUAUGGGAGUUGGUUAGACAUUGGCACCAGCAUCAGCCACUACGUGAUAGUGAUGUCUAUGACCAUCUUCCUGAUGCUGCUCAGUGUGGUCACACACAUUCUCACCUCGCGCAGACUCAUUCUGUGGAAGAGACGCAAGAUGCACUUCACCUGAAUUUGGGGUGUGUGUGUGUGUGUGUGUGUGUGUGUGUGUGUGUGUGUAUGUGUCUCAGUACCUUCACACAUAAACGUGUUGAACGUUUUUAUAUUAAUAUUUAUUUGACUAUUUAGAUACCAUUCUUGGGCAUUUGCAUUAUUUAAAAAACGUUUGCUUAGAUAAGAUGAAGGAUGAAAACAGUUUUUUAGGACUCAAUAUACAUAUACAAACACUAAUCCUGUACCUGUACAUUGAAGCUCUGUGUGUUAAACAUUAAUGCAAUGGCUAAGUAUACUUGAAUAUUUCACUGUGAAUUAUUCCAUAGCCAAGUGUGCUUGGUAACUUAGCAAGUUAAUGUAAUACUGUUUCCAGUAUAGUUGCCGAACUCAUUUUAGUUUAGCUUUGUUUAGAUGGAAAGGAUUUUUUUUUUUUUUUUUAAUUCAUUGUGAUUGGGCGGUUAUCACUGAUGCUGAGGAACCAAAAAAGUCUUGUGAAUCAGACCAGAAAGGUGGACGCAUUGAAGCCACAUCAUCUCAAAAUUUGAGUGCCAGUGUUUUUAUAAUGUAGUGUAUUUUAAUAUUAGGGUGACGGUGGCCUUGGGCCUUAGCUUAGACUAAAUGGAUGGGUAAGUGAAUGAGAAACCCUCUCUCUAUAGCUGCUGUUGAGUUGCCCUUGAGCAAGGCACUUAAACCCCAGCUGCUUCUGGAGACUUGCUCAGAAGCCACCAGUAGAAAUCUGUGUUUGUAAUGGGCAGCAUCCAGGUGUGGAUAUGUGGAAGGAUGUUUAAUAUGAAGAUAAAUGUUAUUGUCCUUAAACAAAAUUAAA